AUGGCAUUUGUUGAUGCGCCUCCAAGAGAACGUCGUCUGAAGCGCUCAAACACCGCGCCGCCGAAGAAACAAGAGUCCGGUGGGUUCAUGGGCCUCCUUGAUUCUUUGAGAAAAGGCACGCGCCCAGACCGCCCAGAACGGCCAGAGAUGCCUGAAAGACGCAAGUCGCGCUCGUACCGUGAUGACGACGCAAGGCACCCGCCAGAAAUGGACCGCGACGGCGCUCGCAGGUCGCGCCGCGAGGAUCGCCGUCGAGGGUCCGUGCGACCAGACACCGAUGCCGAAGGGUUCGUGACCGACGUGCCCGGUGCAGGCGCAGGUGGCGAGACCGAGGCCGACGAAGCGGAAGCUCGGCGCGCAGCACGACACUCACGGCGUGGAUCCCGCAAAGCACCUUCUGACUCUCGUGAAAACGAAGCUCGAGAAGCAGAGGAGCGACGCGCGAGACGAAAAGAGCGGGCACGCGAACAACGUGCCCGCGAAGAGGAAGAAGAAGAACGCCUACGAGAAGAAGACCGUUUGCGAGAAGAAAAGCGUGCUCGGCGCGCUGCACGCGAAGAACGUCGUGCUCGAGAAGAGCAAGCAGCUCGUGAAGCCGAAGCCGAAGCCGCGGCUGAAGCUAAAGCGGCAGAACGCCGCGAGCGCCGGCGACUGCGCGAAGAGGAGAUGAUGGCUGCGAGAGGGAACCGACGUCGUGAACGCGAGCAAAGGAUCCCUGAUGAGGUCUUUCCCGAUGAGCGUGAUGUCGACCGUCGAGAGGCUCGUAGCUCCCGCGCGUUUGAAGAACCCACCGCUCGUCGUCGCAAGUCUAAGGUCGCUCCUGAGCCAACUCGGGAGCCGCUCAUGACUGGUGGGUUGAAUCGUGGCGGUGGUGGUGGGAAGGACAAGAUUUCCUCUUGGGUUUACUCGCAAAGUGAUGAACCUCCGGAGCCACCGCAAAUCGUUCCCACUCUUAUUGAUCUGCCUCCUCUUGCAGCUGAUGAUGCAGGCAAUGCUCAUUCUCAUUCUCUUUCAUCGGACGAGGAAGCCCGUCGCGCUGUUCGCCGUAAGGCCCGUCGCCGUGCUAAGUAUGAGGAAGAGAUUGAUGAUGCGCGUUCUCGGCAUCGUGGGUCUCGUCGUGAAGGUGUGAAGAGCAGCUCUGGAAGUGGUGAUUAUGAACGUGAUCGUGGGAUGAGGUCCCAACCGGGGAGCCGACAUGGUGGUGCUCCGCCGAGUUCGGGUGCUAAGAAGCCCAGUUGGUUCCGCAAAUUAACGAACCUGUAA